AUGGAAUGGAAAUCAUUAGAACCAAGUGAAGAAGUUCUUUCAUGGGAAAAGAUCAAAAACUUGAUAGCUAGUGGCAAUUUACCACAAUUACGUCGUAACAAGGCAAGUACAACCAAAUAUCAUCAAUUCAAAGAUGAAUUGAAAAAACAAAAACUUAGUGUAAGUGAACAUGUAAUGAAGAAACUUGGCUGGGAUAUGGAAGAAUUAAUUGAAUUAAAUACUGUAAAAUACAAAGAUACCAAUAGUAAAAUCGAACAUGCGUUUUCUCAAGAUAAAUUAUUCCAAGUUACAGAGAAUGAUUUCCCAUAUAAUUUUGAUAAACAUGUAGUUCAUUUACUUGUUUGGUCCAAGAUCAAAUUACCCUUGUAUGAAGAUGAAAGUUUAAAUUUAAAAAACCCUGCAAUGAAUGAUAAGAUUAAUGAAUUUUUAGCAAGGAGUUUACAAAUGGAUAAAUGUAAAUAUGAUUGGUUUUUAAAUUAUACAGCAUUACAAAGCAUUGAAAAUGUUUCACAUAUUCAUUUAUUGAUAUAUUAUGACGAUUUAAAAGAUUUUGAUUUGGAAAAAGUUCAGGCAGGGUUUGCAAUUCGUAAGUAG